CGUGAUUCACAUUCAACUUUUAACUCGUUUAAAAGAAGAUCAGUGAAAAUGAGUGGAAGAGGCAAGGGAGGCAAAGGACUCGGUAAAGGAGGCGCCAAGCGUCACCGUAAAGUUCUCCGUGAUAACAUCCAGGGAAUCACCAAACCCGCCAUCCGCCGUCUGGCUCGCCGCGGCGGAGUCAAGCGUAUCUCCGGUCUGAUCUACGAGGAGACCCGCGGUGUGCUGAAGGUGUUCCUGGAGAACGUGAUCCGUGAUGCCGUCACUUACACCGAGCACGCCAAGAGGAAGACCGUGACCGCCAUGGACGUGGUUUACGCACUGAAGAGGCAGGGCCGCACCCUGUACGGCUUCGGAGGUUAAACCUGAUCCUGAUUCGCUGAGACCAGAACACAAAGGCUCUUUUAAGAGCCGCCACCUCCUCUAAGAGCUGUCCUGAUAUUAUUUAACUAAAUUUAUAGGCCUAGUGAAAUGUGUGUUGAUCAUGAACAUAUAUACUCUUGCUCCCAGUUCACCAUUAAGUUAUUUAUAAUCAUGUAAGGGUUUAAUUAGUGGUUGAUAAUUUACUAACAAGUACAUAAUUAUAAUUAUUUUUAAUGUGUAUUUUAAUCUAUUAACUUUAUUUUGAGGUGACAAGUUGUGAGAAAGUCCUUUCAAAUUAAAUCUGAGGUGUUAGGAGACAAAUGAGUUUACAAGGAUUUUGAUCAUCUCUGCUUCUUUUUCACAAGCAAAUAAUAGGAACCACUGGUUAAACUUUCAGGUAUGAAUUGUUUCAUUAGUGUUAGUGAAUAAACUGAGUUACAUGUUGUGGCGUAAAAGUCAAUAUUCACAUGAUGACCAUAGUAACAUGAAAGGAAGAUAUGAUAUAGUAAAUACCUCAAAAUUGUGUU